AUGUUGUAUUAUUUAAUAGCUUUUUGUUCAAUUGCUGGGCUAGGGGCUCAUGCUCAAAAUCCGCAAUUAGGUUCUUGCCCUUCGAUAAAAUUUAGCCGCGUCGAUCCAUAUCAAAUGACUGGUCAAUGGUUUGAUUACGGACGUAGCAACGAUAAUCCGACUAAUGGAGAAACAUGCGGAUACGACCAUUGGAAUCCGUCUGUCAACGGUUCAUCAAAAUUAGUUCUAUCUGCCCAUUCAGCAUACCUCGGCAAUUAUGGAGACGUUGUUGGUGAUAUUAGCUUUAUCAGUGAUAAUUCAUACAUAUUCAGCUUUGAGAUACCAAAUGUCGGACUGAUAUCAGUUUAUCAUGCCAUCCUCGAAGUAGACUAUAAUAACUUCGUCAUAUAUUACUCAUGUACCAACCAAGGGUCCAGCUAG